AUGGCUUUGGCUCGUCACGGUCAUCCCAGCCAAGUUGAAGAGACCACCCCAUUACUCGCUGGCCAGCCACCUCUUGACCCCGUGGCGGUGGAUGUAGUGCAUAACGACGGCACAUUUGGCGAGUCCUUCGACAACAUCCCCAAGGCAAAGCGGAAACUCGGCCUGUUCAGUGCGGUCUUUCUCGUGUUCAACCGCGUUAUCGGGACAGGGAUAUAUGCCACGCCCAGUGUCAUUCUACGCUCGUCAGGCAGCGUCGGGCUCGCCUUGACAAUGUGGUUGAUUGGCGCAAUCAUCGCGGCCGCUGGGACGGCGGUUUAUGUGGAACUGGGAACAGGCCUGCCGCGGAAUGGCGGAGAGAAGAACUACUUGGAAUAUAUUUAUCGGAAACCGAGAUUCCUGGUCAGCUGCUCGUUUGUCGCGUACACUUUGCUUAUCGGCUCUGCAGCAGCAAAUAGCAUCGUGUUCGGAGAAUAUGUCCUCCAUGCCUUGUCGAUUGAACCGACACGCGUCGCGUCGCGGUUAGUCGCCGUUAUGGUGCUCACAUUCUGUCUCGUCACCCACGGCACCCUUCCCGACCUCGGAAUUCGUCUGCAAAACACUCUCGGGGUAUUCAAACUCGCGAUCCUCUCUAGCAUUGCACUUGUUGGGGCUCUAUCCCUUCUCGGUAUCAUUCCAACACGCCCUGAAUACCCCGCCCCACGCAACUUCGUGUCGUGGCACGAAUUUUGGGAGGGCACUGGAAAUGGUGGCGCCAACGGUGUCGCGACCGCACUCUACAGCGUCAUUUGGUCCUUUAUCGGGUAUGCCAACGCCAACUACGCGUUGAGCGAAGUAAAAGAUCCCGUGAGGACAAUCAAACGCGCUGCUCCGCUGGCUAUGGGUGCAGUCAGCGUCGUGUAUUUACUCGUGAAUGUCGCGUAUUUUGUGGUGGUGAGUAAGGAAGACGUGUUAGGCAGUAGACGGAUUAUUGCGGCCUUAUUCUUCCGAAAUUUGUUUGGACCAACAACUGAGAGGGCUCUCAGUGUUUUUAUCGCUCUCUCAACCUUGGGAAAUCUUCUUGCUGGUCAAUUUACACAGGGCAGAGUUAUCCAAGAACUCGGACGUGAAGGCAUUCUACCAUAUUCAGGCUUCUUUGCUUCGAAUAAGCCAUUUAAUGCGCCGCUAGCUGGUUUACUGACGCAGUACAUCGUAUCGUGUCUCUUUGUCCUCGGACCGCCUCCCGGGGAUGCCUAUCUGUUCAUGAUUAGUACUUCUUCGUACUCCCUUGCACUAAUCAACACUCUCGUGUCAUUCGGCCUUAUCCUCCUCCAUACGCGCAUAUUCAAAGCAUAUGCAUGGUCGCCGCCAUUUGUCGCUCCGCGCUGGGUCUCUGCAUUCUUCUUCCUCUCAAACGUGUUUCUUCUCGUCGUGCCGCUCGUUCCUCCGCCAGAAGGAAAGCGGGUUUACGAGGGCCUCCCGUACUUUGUCAGUUCCCAUUCGAUUUUUGCGAAGCACUCGCUGAUAGUGUCGAUCCGGAUAGUUGCAUGCCGUGGUCUCGCUUCUCAUUUCCGUUCUGGGGCUUGCCUAUUGGGUGAUCUGGGCCAGAUGGUUGCCGCGGAAGGGUGGGUAUGUUUUGGAGAGAGAAUGGGUGAUGCAGGAUGA